AUGAGCAGGUUUUCUCUCAAAGGCCGCACAGCGCUGGUGACAGGCGGUGCACGAGGUUGCGGUUUGGCCUUUGCUGAAGGUCUCGCAGAAGCCGGUGCGGAUGUGGCGACCUUCGAUGUGAUCGAGCCUGUUGCAGGAUGGAAUGAGAUCUCCAAGACGUAUGGAGUCAAGACGAAGCACUACAUAGUCGACGUCAGCAGUAUGGAAAGUCUACAGAAAGGCUUUGAACAGUUCCAGGCCGACUUUGGGGGUAAGCUCGACAUUUGUGUGCCCACCGCCGGUAUCAACAGAAAUCUGGAGUUCCUGGAGACUUCGUACGAGGAGCACCAGAAGUUGAUAGGAGUCAAUGUUAUGGGAGUCUACCACACGGCGCAGUUGGCAGCUAAGCAGAUGAUCGCCAACAAGACUAAGUGUGGAAGCAUCGUCCUAGUCGCAAGCAUCGCCAGCUACAUGGCGAUUCGAAGCCAGCGGAGUAGUGCCUACUGUGGAACCAAGGGAGCUGUGAGAGCCAUGUGUCCGGCCAUAGCUGCCGAGCUGAAUCAAUACGGCAUUCGAUGUAACAGCAUAUCUCCUGGCUAUGUGCGCACCGAGAUGACAGCACCAUUCCCCCAUCUACUUGAGAGCUGGAAGGACGAAAUUAUGAACGGAAGAGUGGCCAUGCCGGACGACAUUCGGGGCGGAUGCGUUUUCCUGGCAAGUGACGCGAGUUCAUACAUGACAGGUCAAGAUCUGUGUGUAGAUGGCGGUGUGACCAAAUGGUAG